UAAAGAUAUAAAUAGGAGUAUCCUAAGCAGUAAGCAAUUUCUGCUAACUCGCUUAGCAACAGUUAAAUGUCGAUGCAGCAAUAAGAUACGACAAAGAAAGUAUGUAAUAAUUUUAGUUAAUUUAAACUCUACUAUCGCAGCAGGAAUCAUUCGAAAUCGACAAUAAUUGUUGGAAGUGAAGUGCAAAAAUAAUCUAUUAUCAAGAUGCCUAACAUUAUAAAUGAUAUUAAAUUGGAUUUUAAAGAUGUUUUAUUACGUCCUAAAAGAAGUACAUUAAAAAGUAGAUCUGAAGUUGAUUUAUAUAGAGAAAUUACAUUUCGUAAUUCAAAACAAACUUAUAGAGGAAUACCUGUAAUGGCUUCAAAUAUGGAUACAGUAGGAACAUUUGAAAUGGCAAAAGUUUUAUCAAAGCAUGGCUUGUUCACUACUGUUCACAAAUAUUACACGGCAGAAGAGUGGAAAGAGUUUGCUGCCAAAAAUUCUGACUGUCUUAAAAAUGUAGCCGCAAGUUCUGGCACAGGGAAAGAAGAUUUCGAACGAUUAUCAAACAUUCUAGCAGCUGUUCCUGAAUUAUCUUUUAUUUGUUUAGAUGUUGCCAAUGGAUAUUCACAACAUUUUGUUGAAUAUGUUAGAAAAGUGAGAUCAGAAUAUCCUAGGCACACAAUAAUCGCAGGAAAUGUGGUAACAGGUGAAAUGGUAGAAGAGCUAAUACUAUCUGGAGCAGAUGUGAUUAAAGUAGGAAUUGGUCCUGGAUCUGUAUGCACUACGAGAAUGAAAACUGGUGUAGGGUACCCACAAGUAAGUGCUGUGAUUGAAUGUGCGGAUGCUGCUCAUGGCUUGAAAGGACACAUCAUUUCCGAUGGAGGUUGCACUUGUCCAGGUGAUUUAGCAAAGGCUUUUGGUGCAGGGGCAGAUUUUGUAAUGGCAGGUGGUAUGUUUGCUGGACAUGAUGAAUGUGGAGGAGAAAUUAUAGAGAAGAAUGGGAGAAAAGUUAAACUUUUCUAUGGUAUGGCUUCAAGUACAGCAAUGAAGAAACAUGCGGGAGGUGUUGCUGAGUACAGAUCGUCCGAAGGUAAAACGGUGGAAGUACCUUAUAAAGGAUUUGUGGAAAACACUAUAUUAGACAUACUUGGUGGUUUACGUUCUGCUUGCACCUAUACAGGAGCUCAAAAAUUGCGUGAAUUACCGCGUCGGGCUACAUUUAUACGUUGUACACAACAGUUAAAUCCAAUGUAUGGUCCACCUCCAGAAAUCUGAAUUUAUUUUAAUCAUCUAAUUUGAUGUAGUAGAAUUUUAGAAAGAAAUAUUUACUUAUUCAGUCAAUUAACAAAUACUAUUAUUUGCUGGCAAAUAAUGUUUAUGAAAAAAUUUAAAAGCUGUAACUAACAUACAUGUAUUGUAUACAUUUCAAUGAUAGCUUGAAAUUGUAUUAAAUUUAAUGAGUUCUGAAAGGUAAAGUUUAAAAGCACAAAUAUAUUUUCGU